ACGCACACAUACACUCAUUGGAUCUCGGAGGUCUUCCGCUGAAUUUACCGCCUGCUUUAAUUUUGAGACUUUUUACUGCCUCGUCUCAGCCCCGUCUUUUACUUUUUUGUUUUUAUUUUUUGAUUUUUUGGAGAAAACAGUUGCCAAAAAUCCCUGAUUGAUUUUGGUCACAGCGCUGUAAAAUGUAGGCCCUCGGGGAAUAGUUCAUUCAGUUAAUGAGUGAAAAUGAAAUGGAGGUGAAUAGAGAUGAACGCCACCAGUUGAAUGGGCCUAAUGAUCAUAAGCACCGAGCAGCAGCACGGAGUUGAGAAUCUCAUCAGCACCAGUGUUGACGGACCAAUCACAGCGCUCCCCCCACUGGCGGACCUCCGUGAGGCCAGUCGCAGUUUUUUUUUAAGGCGGUGUAAACCUAUCGGGCUUGGAAAUUAUGAAGGGAACCAGCCUCGGUCAGUUGUAUAGGGAGAAAAGUUGAUUUUUUGGGGGGUGGUGGUGGUUUAGCAUUUUAAGCAUCUCACAUCUGGAUCACUGCGCGUCCUCCAGGAUAGUAACUUCUUGUGCUGUACGGCAAACGGAAUUUUCCGCUGUAGUGUGUGUGGUUGUAUUGCCUUGUCACAUGUAUCAGAAAAUCUCAGAACAUCUCGUCGGGCACUGACUCUCUCUCCCUCUCUCCCCCUCUCUCUCUCUCUCACUCUCCCUCUCCUGCUCGCGUUUUUUUUUUUUCUUUCUUUCUGCCGUGAUAAUGGAUUAUCAAUAGCCGGAUGGGGACACAUCAAGAACGAUUGAGAUCUGCAGCACUUGUUUAAAAAAAAGAGACAUUAAAAAAACAGGUGGCAGAUCCUCCUAACAGCAACAGUUCGAGCUGUCCCUGAUCAUCUUCUGCUACAAUAACUGCUCGGCUGCCAUCUGAGAGACGCUGAGAUACAGUGCGCAGGCUCUCCCAGCGCUCUUCUCCAGCAUCAAACCCCAGAGCAACGCACAGUGGACACUCAGGUCGGCACGUUCCAGGUUCGAUUGUCGACAUAUAAAACCUGAAGACGAUUCUGGAAAAUCAAGCAAAACGUUUAGAGUCGACGAGAAAAGAGAGAGAAAAAAAUUCUCCUGAAGAGCUCUGUUGGAACAUUAGUCAGUGGGAGAACUGCUGCUUUGUGUCUCUCAUUUUUCCUCUGCUGAACUCUCCUCAGAAGGUUAGAGGAGCAUGUAACUGAAACAAGUGGAGCCCUCGGUGAUUUCAGCAUUCUGUCUCCCCCAUCUGUGCCUACAUUCUCUGCUACAGAUAGGGACGUUUUGAUAAUUACAUAUAAUUAUAAUUUCUGUGGGAGACAGAUCUGCCUCUGUCUAUUAUUGCCAACACCUCCAACACAAUAACUUCACACAUUUACAUAUUUCUCAACAAAAGUGAUAUUCUUUGAACCUCAGAGACAAAUCAGGAAUAAUUUUACUUAGAGAGACAUGUCACAUGGAAAAGCGACGUUCCAUUCAGUUCAUAUCUAAUGAGUUAUUUUGUGCCUAAAAGCUGAAUGCAGAGCAUUUAAAAUCCAUGACAUUUGCCUCAUUUUGUGAUGUGUUUCACAGGCUGGGAGUCGUUUCCUUGGUUUAUGCUUACUCCUAAUUUUCAGUUGUUACAGUCUUCUAGCACUUAAGCUGAGCCUGCCUCAUUAUCACCCCCGUCCCAAUCACAGUAACAGUCCGUGCCAGGCGAGCACUGAUGCAUAUUAAUCCGACCAUAGAAAAGAUUGAGAUAAAGUACAUGGUGUAUCUAUAGAUGUGACGGGUGCCUGGGACAAGUUAACAUGGAGAUAAAGUCCCUGCUCCGGAGAGACUAGACACCAUUAAUGGACAGAUUUCUUAAGUGGUGCAGUCUGUUAUUUCCAUGUGAUUGUUUACAAUGCCAAAAAGCACCAAAUAUAUGAAAAGAGUUGUUGAUUUCAUAUGUUUUUUCUAGAAAAGAACUGCUUACAGCUUAAACAAGUGCCAAUUCUGAAUGUACGUAGUGCCAGACUGAAAUAGUCAUCCAGGACUGAACAAAAACAGAUAAAACUGUUUACAUUUGACAAAGCACUGGCCAUAGACUACUGUUCAAGUGCCACGAUCAGCACAGGAAUGUAUAGGACUGCCAUAUUUUGUUAAAAAAACAAUACUUCCUACAGAUUUUUACUGGGUUUUGUGCUCACAAGAAAAAAAUAAUCCAGCAGUACAUCACAUACAUGUUCUUUUGUUCAGUGGGACACGUAGAAUGAGACAUUAAGGACUAAAAGCAUGAGGAUUGUUGUCUUUAGUUUGUCCUUUUUACAAAGCUGCGUCCAUUUUAGUGUUGUAGACUUGAGAGGUGUUUCUGAAGGGCAAAAGAUGAAGUUGUUACACAUUCAGAGUUCUUUUCUAGCAGUAAAUUAAAACAAUUUUAUUUCCAUUACCCACAAUUAUUGAGACCUUCAAACUGAUGUUGAUAGUGUUUUAUUGUUCCUGAGUUUUUCUAUUACAUCAUAUAAAUACUCAGUUUCUGACAAAACAAAAAAUUCUGGUGUCAGAUUUCAUCAUCCAACACUACUGAAUGACUCUGGUGAUACAUCAUCAAUAUUCAGUAGGUUGUACAUGCUUCUUGAAUACUUCGCAUGCCAUUUUAGUGGGUUAAACUGCAAAAGCGGAUACAGCGUUGUAACUGCAUUGACUCAACAACAGAAAAUAGAUCUCUUAGUCAUGUAAAAAUGACGCCCACCACCAAUCUCCAAGUCCUUGCUGUCUCCCUGCUCUCCCUCCUUACUGCCCCACUUACCACUGUUGUGGAGACCUCUCCGUCCCCCCCCCCUCCUCAGCACGUAAACCCCUCGGCGAGGUCGUUCACAGAGGAGCCUGAGAUUGACCCUAGCUCCUCGCUCCUGCUCCUUGCCAUCCAGGCCAAUAUAAGGCCAGCUGCCCUCCAAGGCCGGACCAAAACCCCUGAGAAACUUCCAGAGACUUCAGAGGGGGUUCUGGAGACACCUCCUAGACCCCUGCCCCAGGUCAUGUUCCCCAAGAAUGUGACUUCAGCGGAGGCCCUGGCUCCGCCCUUAGGCGCAGCCCAGGUGGCGCCCAUUCGACCACGGUUGAUAGAUGUGUGGAUGGACGUAUGUCGGGGGUAUUAUGACGUGAUGGGACACUUUGACAGCGCUUUCAACUGCUCCAAGGACACCUUCAUCUAUUGCUGUGGAACCUGCCACUACCGCUUCUGCUGUCCAGAGCGUAGCCGGCAACUGGAGCAGGACAGCUGUAAAAACUAUCACUCUCCAGACUGGGCUAAGCCACAGACAGAGGCCAUGAUUAUACCAGAGGAAUUAGGUCCUGACCCAGACUUUGAUCCACUGAAGCAGCAGAGCCACAACACUGGUUUCGUCAUUGGCGGCGUGGUUGUGUUCAUGGUGGCUGUCGCCGUUGGCAUCAAGGUGGUCUUCAACAAGGUGCAACAGGAAGCCAACCAAAGGGACCUCAACAUGCCCAGAGCCCUGGUCGACAUGUUGCGGCACCAGUCGAGCCCAGUCCAGCAGGAUGAGAGAAACAACAGCGUGGCUCUGACCGUAGGGGACGGACAGGGGACACUGGGGAGACCUCCAAAAAAUCUUUACACCCCAGGACUACCCAGCAAGGACAACAGAUUGGGAAAUUUGCAGCACAAUUUCAUCCACUCAUCGGGCACCAGUCCCAAACACACCGCAACUAUCGAACGCACCCCUCGAAUGAACAAUGCUCAGCUGGCAGCUGGAGGCACGCUGCUCUCCAGUAAACACAACAACACCAAAUCCCAGCCUGCCUUCCACCACUCCCUGCACAACCUGGCUCAGCUGCCUCCCUCCUAUGAGAGCGCCACCAAGCCCGAGCUCAACAGAUACUCCUCACUCAAACGCCUCGAAAAAGGUCUUGAUGAGUACUCAUCAGGGUACUGCACCACCAAGCGCCGGCCUCACACAGCCCAGCCGGCCCUCCAGUCCUCUCAGCACCACCUCCACUGGGGUGGAGACUACACGCUCAGUGGGAGAGGAACCCUCCCCAGGCACGCAGCUCGUCCCUGGAUCCCACCGCCGCCUUCUGGCAUGCCUGCCUCGCCCACCCCCAACCCUUACCCUCUGGAUCCCCCAGAGCCCCAGUACAACCCCAACUACGACACUCUCUCCAAGCCCCCGAGGAAAGUUAAGUCAACUGACCAGCUACUCAACAUGGGUGACGUCCCUGGCAACACUGGGACUCUGUCCAGGCUGUCCAAGAACCAGCAACACCAGUACUACAAAGCCAUGGCUGCCUCCAAUAAGAACUCCAACACGCAGACCCUCACCCGCAAGACCCAGGACAGGCAGGACAGGCAGGAGAGGCAGGAGAGGCAGGAACGGCUGCUCAUGUCACCGGACCAUCUGGAAGAGAGGAUGGGGGUUGGCGGGAUGGGUGUUGUAGAUCCGUACGCCCACACGGGAGGGAUCGUCCCCACGCUGCCCCGCCAGCAGAAGGCCCAGUCCCAGCAGAACGUCUGCGCCACGCCCUCCCUCGACCGGCACCACAUGAUCAAGAUGAACUCUCACCCCACGUCUGGACGAGAGCAGGAGAGGAACACGACCAUGACGGGGCACAUGAGCGGGGGCAUGGGCUGGGCAGGGGAGAUGCCCGGGGCAGGCGUAGUCAUGGGAACGGGAACACUAGGGGGCCACAGCGCGAGGAGGAUGGCUUUCGCAGCCAAAAGGCAGAACACCAUUGAGCAGCUACAUUUCAUACCGGGAGGCGGUGGUGGGGGGUCGGGAGGAAGUGGAGGAGGUAGUCAGGGGAUCAGGACGGGGAGUAAAAAUGAGGUGACAGUGUGAGGUUUGUGCCUAAAGUAGAGUUUACCCCUCAUGUAAGUUAUGGGAAUAGAUCACCCUUCUGCAUUUAACUAGAUAUACAAGAAAUAUACAAGAAAUAAAACUAGAAGUAUAAAGUAUAGUAACAGUAUAACGUGUUUAGGCUAUUCAAAUUAGUGUUAUCUUGUAAUUAAAUAGCUUAAAUAUGAUUACUUAAUUAAAAAUUUAGGUGGGGAAUAUCUGUUCCAAUUAUGUGAUAGCCUACAUCAGCCAUAUUUUGUAACAGAAUUUGCCAUAUUGCCAUAUACAGCGGUGCCAUUACUUGUAGAAAGACUGAUAAGAAGGGUGAAACAAUACCAACAGAAGUGUCGUUCAUAAUUUUGUUUUUAUAUAUAUAUAUGUUUUUGUCAAAAAGUACUCAGGAGCCAUAUUAGAUAGGGAACCAGACGAUAUAUAUAUAUACAUAUAUAUAAAAGAGGUUGAUGAAGAGGAGGACCAUGUGGAAUAUUGUAUCACAGAAUUUCAUAGAGAAUUGAGCCAACUACCUGCUGGACUGGACUGUCGACCUGCUCAGCCCUCGUCAUCAACGAUUUAUUAGACUGACUCUCGUGGGUAAAGAGCCCAAGGUGGACCAGGUAAAUCUGAAUGAACCAUGUGCCUGGUGAGGGAUUUCGGAGAUCUGACGCUCCGCUGAACCAACCUCACCCUGACACAGGGAGACAGAACUGCUUUUUGUUGCUUCCUAUGUAAAUGAGCGGACAAAGAAAGGGGCUGUUUCAGACUGGGACACAGCAGCCUGACACUAUUGGCAGGACUCCGUGCCCGAUUUAAACCGCGGACGUACCCACAUUACCAAUCUGAUGCCUGGGUUGCCUAGUUUUCCAUGUGACCUUAGAUCCAAUCCCCAGAGGACCUCACACUCUGAUCACUGUUACACUACAGGAGUGUAAGCUGAUGUUAGAAUACGUUAUGGGUAAGGUUUCCUGAGUGAUCCCAACCAUAGAUCAGGGCCUAACUGUAAAAACAGUGGCUUACCAAAUAAUUUAGAGCCAUCAGCCACAAUGUUACAAAAAAAAUCUUGACAUAAACACACACGAGUCAAGAGAUUACAGAACAGACAUAUGUGUUCAGUUUACCAAUAAAAAGGCAACUUGCUUUAAUGUAGGUUGCAUAUAUGAGGAGCAAAGGUUUUUCUACAGAGCACAAAUGAAUAGACCAUGACGCAGAGGUUGCACUUACACAACUGUCCUUCAAAGCCAUUUAUGGAGAUACAAAGAAAAUACCACAGAGGAAGCUGGUCUGACAAUCACCAUUUUAUUCUUCUCACCAGGUGACAAAUUAUACGAAGUCAGUGAUAUUUUGUACAGUCAAAGGAUUGGCUUCAGAGCAAGCCUAAAAAAAAAAAAACAAAAAAAAAAAACAACCUCUGAGUCAGGAGCGAGGGCAGCCUGAGGCCUUUCCCCGCAUGGCUCUGUAUGCCGUAAGAGACUCGGAUGGUUAGGAAGCCCUUCCUGUCCUCAAGACAAAGACCUUGCUGUAUCAUAACGCACUUCAGCCAGUAUGAGUUUAAAAAAAACAAGAAAAGAGAAAAAAAAAUCUUCAUCAAUAACAACGCUUAUCAAUACUAAGGGCUAUCCUAUCCUAUAUACUGUAGUAUGUGAUAUCUGUGGUCCAUAUAAAAUGCUAUCUCUUUCUCUUGAUUUUGUGUUGAUAUUGUCAUGAUGUAUUAAGUAUUAACGUGUACAAAAAACAA